AGCAUACCGAGGAAUUCCAGCUCGAUGUGAAAAAAUUGUGCAAACAUUUCGAAAAAUGUCCUCGACGCUUCUGAUGCCGGAAUGUUGCCGCUGUUGUUUGGUCGAGGAAAACGACAUGAUCUACGUGUUCGACAUACUGGAUGAGUUUGACAGUAAGAUUUGCGAUCUGAUAGCAACCUGCGGGGGUGUUGCGAUUACAGAGGAUGAUAUCUAUUCGAAAAAUAUCUGCGGGAACUGUUUGAACGAUUUAGCCAAUGCGGCCCGAUUCCGGGAACGGUGCUUAAGCACCACACUCAUUUUACAGAACACGACUAUCGAGACGAAGGAAGAGCUUCACCUGCUUAACGAAGAUGAUGACCCGAAGGGUAGCUCUGGGGUUCCAGAGGAUGAAUUUAUAGAGGAGAUAAUCGUCGAGCAGGUUGAGGACGUGGAUGCGGAAGAUGUGCUGAGGUUAUCCGAGAUUCAGGAUACGAACGAAGAAAAUCAAUCGGACAUCCAGUACAUCAUCGCCGAGGAGCCGACCGAGUCGGAGUUGCGAGAUUUUGAUUACGAUAAUUUAAUCAGCGAGCAAAAUGACUUCGAUGAGGAACAUAUGGAGACCAUUUGCUUUCAGGAGCUGGAUAAAAAUGUCGAAGGUGCCGUCGAAGCAUCGAUUUUAAAGCCUGUACAAAAGGAGAUAAAGUUUACCCUUCCUAAGCCCGUCCAGCUGAACUUUGUGUGUCCACACUGCGGAGCGGGAUUUGCUCUGCAGAAAAAUCUUGCCAGGCAUCUCGUGAUGCAUCAAAACUAUGCCUGUGAUAUAUGCUCGGUGGUGUUUGAUAGUGAUAAGAACCUCGCUUUUCAUCGGUUAUCACACUCGAACGAUCAUCCAGACGAGCCAACGGAGCAUUCAGAUCUGUACCCCGAACCAAAGACUGAUAAACUGCUGAACCCGAAAAAGAAUCACCGUUGCACGUAUUGUGACAAGGCGUUCGUUUCCAAUUCGGCGCUGGUCGCUCACGUACGGGUGCAUACGCAGGAAAAGCCGUUCCCUUGUAACUACUGCCCCAAGCGGUUUCGAACGGUUGGGGCGCAAGAACUGCACGAGCGACGUCACAAUGGAGUAAAACCCUACAAGUGUGAUCUGUGUGGAAGGGGAUUCGCCGAGAGUAGUAAUCUCAAGGUCCAUCGUCGUACGCACACUCAGGAAAAACCACAUGUCUGCACCGUUUGCAAUCGUGCCUUUGCCCGGGUCUUUCUGCUGCAGAUUCAUCAACGAACGCACACAGGGGAUCGACCGUUUCCGUGCGAGGAUUGCGGAAAGUCAUUUUCGCAGCAGGGAGACUUGGCCGCCCACAGACGUAUCCACACUGGCGAACGACCGCACAGAUGCGAUAUCUGCGGGAAAGGAUUUAUCAAGAGCAGUGGUCUCACACAGCAUCGUAAAAAACAUGAACUGCAAGGAGAGGACAUCCGGAUGGUGCUGGUCGAUACGAAGCACGAUUCGUCGAACGUGCUAUCCUCAACGGAAAGCAUUCUCACGGAGAAAGAGGGAAUUUUGGAAGGCUACGAUUUGGUGCAGUGCAACCAAAUUGACCCGGAGGAAGGUAUAGAUGAGUUGAUGAUUGAAGGUGUGGUGGUAAACAGUUAAUUAUAGAAGUGUAUAACUAGUUCAAUUCAUUCGGAGUGUUUCAGAGCCAUUGAAAGAACAACUUUAUCAAAUAAAUGUGCAGAAAUGCAU